AUGGCAACAGAAGUUACUUUUUGCGACCCCUUAAAUACAACUUGCCCUUGUACAAACCCAAAUUCCUUGGCAACGAUUGCAGGAUGCUUAUACAGUGUGGGGCAUACGUCAGAAAAAAGUUGGUCACCCAUUAUACAAACUUGUGCUUAUAGCAAUGUCACCCUUGAUGACGAUUGGUUUGACACGGCUCUUGAAGAUUAUAAACAAAAUGCCAAAUCUGCUAGUGAGAUUGAAAAUUUUAAUAUGUCGGUACCUAUUGAUGUUCCUUUUAUCUUGAACAAAUCCAAUACUGCGGUUUACCAAGAGUCUUAUAAGAGGUUUUACAAUAACCUUUACGAUGCAAUUGAUUAUGGUGCUGGUUUCUUGGGAUACUGGUUGUUAGUGUUGCUUUUGGGGGCAAUUUUCAACUGGAUGAAAUUCUUGUUUCCAGGGCUUACAAAGAAAAUGACUGGCCCUGUAAUUAACUUUUGGAGAUCAAAUGUAGCAAUACCGGCUACAUUUAGAAAGAAAAAGUCACAAGAACAACAAUUUUUGAAAAUAUUCAGUUUCUUGAUUCCAUCAAGAUUUGAAUCGUUGGUGAUUUUCUUGUUUUAUUGUGUGGUAAUUUGGCUUAAUGCUAUAAACUUGAAAGGAAUGCACGGUGACGUUGUUUUUGAAUCUAAAUAUCAAGCUGAGAUUAGAUACGUCGCUGAUAGAACU